AUGUCAAGAUCUCCGGCACCCGCGUUACCGCUGCAUAAUGCACAAAUCUCCGAUUCACCGCGACCCUCAUCCACCAACCCAUUAGGUGGAAGACCCGAUGCCCCCUCAUCGGCCUCAACCUCCACAUACUCAUGGCUCGAAAUCCAUGAAACGGCCGAACGAUUACAAACCUCACUAUUACAUGGCCUGACACCUGCUGAGGCGGAAAUUCGUCUUGCACGCGAUGGGCCCAACGAGCUUCCUCAUGAAGAACCGGAGCCCCUGUGGCUGCGGUUUCUCAAACAAUUCAAAGAAACCCUCAUUCUCCUUCUCCUAGCCUCUGCAGUGGUCUCAUUCAUCAUGGGCAACUAUGAUGAUGCUGUCAGCAUUACCUUGGCAGUUACAAUUGUGGUCACUGUUGGCUUUAUACAGGAGUAUCGAUCGGAAAAGUCUUUGGAGGCGUUGAGUCGUCUAGUCCCCCAUUUCGCCCAUCUUAUCCGUGAUCUUCCAUCUGCCAUUCAUACUGCCAACAAUGCCACCCAGGGAUCUCCUCAUCCUCGGGAGGAAGCUGAAGAACUCAGAACCAAAAGCCCGGGCGCCGCAAUGAAAGCGUCUUCUACUGUCCCCGCGAGCGAAUUGGUACCCGGAGACCUAGUGCUCUUCUCAACUGGCGACCGCAUCCCUGCUGAUAUUCGGAUUACUGCUGCGACAGAUCUUACUAUUGACGAAUCGAACUUGACUGGAGAGAAUGAGCCUGUGGUGAAGUAUACUGCGGCCCUACGUGUUGGGCACGGUGGCGCUGUACGGGCUCUCAAGGCCGUCGAUCCUCCUCGUUCGCCGUUCUACGACGCUCCCGCCAGUGGCGCUGUCGGUGCUGAUGUCCGCUUGAAUGAACAGCAUAAUAUCGCGUUCAUGGGUACUCUGGUUCGCUCCGGACACGGUCAGGGAAUUGUGAUCUCAACCGGUGCAAAGACGGAGUUUGGAAGUAUUUCAGCUUCUCUUCAGGAGAUUGAGAGUCCCAGAACUCCGUUGCAGUUGUCGAUGGAUCGCCUCGGUCAGGAAUUGAGUUACAUGUCGUUUGGAGUGAUUGGUCUGAUCGUCGUCAUUGGUAUAUUUCAAGGCCGUAAACUCUUGGAAAUGUUCACUAUUGGUGUUUCACUUGCUGUUGCUGCCAUCCCCGAAGGUUUACCAAUUAUUGUUACCGUUACACUUGCUCUGGGUGUGCUCCGCAUGGCCAAGAGAGGUGCUAUCAUGCGGAGGCUUCCCAGUGUGGAAACUCUUGGCUCUGUCAAUGUUGUCUGCAGUGACAAGACUGGAACUCUCACCAUGAACCACAUGACAGUCACCAAAAUGUGGCACUUUGACUGUGAUGAAGCAUUCGAAGUUCAGCGAGAUAUUGCCUCAACACUUUCCCCGGGACCGGCAGCACGCACUAUUCUUAGAGUUGGAAACAUUGCGAACAAUGCUCGACUCUCACGCACGCACGCAAACUCUCCAGCCAGCGCCUCCUCGGCCGCAGUCCUUUCCUCGACUGUUGAUAGGGACUCUGGUGCCGUGAAAAGUAGAUGGGUUGGUCAACCUACGGAUGUUGCUAUUCUGGACCUGUUGGAUACUUUGGGAGAGGAUGAUGUCCGUGAACGGAUCAGUGCUCGUGUUUCUGAAACCCCUUUCAGCUCUGAACGAAAGUGGAUGGGUGUCAUCAUUGGUAGCGGCGGUGCUGGGGAAUCCCAUGGAGGAUCUAAUGUGGCCUACAUCAAGGGUGCUCUUGAGCAAGUCCUGGCCCGUUCGGAUACGUACCUGACCAAGGAUGGCCGAGAGGUUAUUCUGGACGAGCCACGGCGCAAGAUCAUUCGAGAUGCGGCAGAGCAUAUGGCAUCAGAGGGUCUUCGAGUUCUUGCCUUCGCCAGCGGUACUGCGCGGGAUGAAUCUCGAGGCAUGAAGGGAUUCGGUAGCCGCUCUAGCACCCCUGUCUCCAAGUCUAGUAGCCCAAAGGAUGACGACGAUCGGUACAAUGGAUUAGUCUUUGCCGGACUGGUUGGUAUGAAUGAUCCUCCUCGCAAGGAUGUGCACAAGUCUAUCCGUCGUCUCAUGGCCGGUGGAGUACGUGUCAUUAUGAUUACAGGUGACGCUGAGACAACCGCCGUGGCUAUUGCAAAGAAAUUGGGAAUGCCAAUCAAUGAAUCUGCUGGAUCACGGUCAGUCAUCCGCGGUGAUGAACUCGACCAUAUGACAACUGCGCAGCUCGCCCAAGCGAUUGCCACCACAUCUAUCUUUGCACGCACUAGCCCCGACCACAAGAUGAAGAUUGUUCGUGCACUGCAGUCCCGUGGAGAUGUCGUGGCCAUGACUGGCGACGGUGUCAACGAUGCUCCUGCUCUGAAGAAGGCCGAUAUUGGAAUUUCGAUGGGCCUACUCGGCACGGACGUUGCCAAAGAGGCUGCGGACAUGAUUUUGACAGAUGAUGACUUUUCUACGAUCCUUCGCGCUAUUGAGCAAGGCAAGGGAAUUUUCUAUAAUAUUCAAAACUUCAUUACCUUCCAGCUCAGCACCAGUGUGGCUGCGCUGAGUCUUGUGUUGCUCAGCACGAUCCUCGGUUUCAAGAAUCCAUUGAAUGCUAUGCAAAUCUUGUGGAUCAAUAUUCUCAUGGAUGGACCGCCUGCUCAGUCUCUUGGUGUCGAGCCUGUCGACCCUAUGAUCAUGAACCGACCCCCACGACCAAAGACCGCGCGUGUGUUGACCCGGCCCCUCAUCCAGCGCGUCCUUACUUCCGCCAUGGUUAUCAUGUUGGGCACCCUCGCCAUCUACAUCCAUGAAAUGGGUGAUGCAACUGACGGGCAGUCUCUGGGCACCCGUACAAACGUAGUCACCGCCCACGACACCACCAUGACAUUCACCUGCUUCGUUCUGUUCGACAUGUUCAACGCCCUGACCUGCCGCAGUGAAGGCAAGUCUGUGCUCCGAGGCGAAAUUGAGCUCUUUGGAAACAAGAUGUUCAACUACGCUGUCCUCGGUUCGCUGGCCGGCCAGGCCUGUGUCAUCUAUCUCCCCUUCCUGCAACGCAUCUUCCAAACCGAACCGCUGAGUUUCGGUUCCCUUUUCAAGCUUGUUUGUCUCACGAGCUCUGUAUUCUGGGUUGAUGAAGGCCGUAAGUACUAUCAUGCGCUCCGUCGUCGACGAGGCCUUGGCGCCGGGUACAGUCUCAAUGUCUGA